CUCGUCACGCUGGUGGUCGGCCAGACGGCCGUGACAGUAUCGGUCGGGACCAAGUACCAGCGGAUCGACGGCUUCGGCUUCUCGCAGGCGUUCGGGCGUGCAGCCGAGUUCCAGAACGCGUCGUCCGAUCUCCAAAAGCAGGCGCUCGACUAUCUCUUCAGCACCGACACCGGCGCCGGCUUCAGCAUCAUCCGCAACCGCAUCGGCUCGGGCGGCCAAGGCGACAGCAUCGAGCCGAAAAGCCCCGGCUCCCCGACGGCCACCCCAUCAUACGUCUGGGAUGAUGAUGACCGUGGCCAGGUGUGGUUCACCAAGCAGGCCAUGAGCUACGGGGUGAGCACUAUCUACGCCGAUGCGUGGAGCGCCCCGGGCUUUAUGAAGACGAGUGGCUCGGAAAGCUCUCCCGGCUACCUCUGCGGCACGCCUGGCCACAAGUGCUCAUCGGGCGACUGGAGGCAGGCCUAUGCCGACUUCCUGGUCAAAUACGUGCAGCUUUACGCUGCCGCAGGCAUGCCCAUCACUCACCUAGGCUUCCUCAACGAGCCCGAUUUCAGCCCGAGCUACUCGCAGAUGCAGAUCAGCAGCAACGCUGCCGAGGCCAUCGAUUUUAUCCCCAUCCUGUACAAGACCGUCCAAGCAGCUGGCCUGAGCACUAACCUCACCUGCUGCGACGCGAUGGGCUGGGGCACGACCACCAACAACUACGUCCCGGCGCUCGUCCGGUCCGGCGUGACCUCGUACCUCGCCGUCAUCACCUCGCACUCGUACUCCGCCGACGCCACCAGCGCCAUCACCUCGACGCCGCUGCCCAAGUGGAACACGGAGGGCGGGCCGAACACGCAGUUCACCACGACGUGGUACGGCAGCGGCGCGGCAAACGAGGGCUUCACCUGGGCCAACAAGCUGGCGGUGGCCAUGGUGCGCGCCGAGCUGUCGGCCUACCUCUUCUGGGAGGGGUUCGAGAUCCGGCAGACGCAGUCGGCGAUGCACCUGGUGGACACGCUGGACGGCCGCAGCGCGACGCCGUCGGGCAUCUUCUGGGCGUUCGCCAUGUGGUCGCGGCACAUCCGGCCGGGGGCGUACCGGGUGGCGGCGACGGGCUCGCCGAGCGGCGUGAUCACGGGCGCCUUCGUCAACGCCGACGGCUCCGUCGUCGUCGUCUUCACCAACUCCGGCUCGGCCGCCCAGUCCGCCGCCCUCGCCUUCUCCUCCGGCUUCACGCCCGCCAACGCGUCCGCAUGGGUCACCAGCAACAGCGCCAAGUUCGCGUCGACCCCCGCCACCCUGUCCGGCGGCAAGGUCACCGUCUCGAUCCCCGGCAGGGCCGUCGUCACGGUCAAGCUG